CAGAGUCAUAUCGCCAGUGUUUUGCGAGUGGUGGUUGCGCUUGGGGCCUCUUGGAGCAGGGCUGGGACCCUCAACGCCCAGCUUCGUGGAGAGUCCGCCAUGAGGAGGAGUGAGGUACUGGCUGAGGAGUCCAUAGUAUGUCUCCAGAAAGCCCUGAAUCACCUUCGGAAAAUAUGGGAAUUAAUUGGGAUUCCAGAGGACCAGCGGUUAGAGAGAACUGAGGUUGUAAAGAAGCAUAUCAAAGAACUCCUGGAUAUGAUGAUUGCUGAAGAGGAAAGGCUGAAGGAAAGGCUCAUGAAAAGCAUUUCUGUCUGUCAAAAGGAGCUCAGUACCUUGUGCAGCGAGUUACAUGUUGAGCCAAUUCAGGAAGAAGGAGAGACAACCAUCUUGCAACUAGAGAAGGAUUUACGCACUCAGGUGGAAUUGAUGCGGAAACAGAAAAAGGAAAGAAAACAGGAACUGAAGUUACUUCAAGAACAAGAUCAGGAACUGUGUGAAAUUCUUUGCAUACCUCCCUAUAACAUUGACAGCUCCUCAGUUCCCAGCUUGGAAGAGCUGAACCAGUUCAGACAACACUUGGCAACUCUGAGGGAGACAAAGACAUCAAGACAUGGAGAGUUUGUCAACAUAAAGAGAAAGAUCAUACUGUGUAUGGAAGAAUUGGAUCACACCCCAAACACAAGCUUUGAAAAAGAUGUGGUGUGUGAGGAUGAAGAGGCCUUUUGCUUAUCUUUAGAGAACAUUGAAGCAUUACAACAGUUACUACAGCAGCUGGAAUUGCAGAAAUCGCAGAAUGAAGCUGUGUGUGAGGAACUGCGGGGUCAGAUCCGAGAGCUGUGGGAGCGGCUGCAGAUACCUCCAGAGGAGAGAGAAGCAGUGGCCACAAUUAUGACUGGGUCAAAGGCCAAGGUCAAGAAAGCGUUGCAAUUAGAAGUGGAUCGGUUGGAAGAAUUGAAGUUACAAAACAUGAAGAAAGUGAUUGAGGCAAUCCGAGUGGAGCUGGCUCAGUACUGGGACCUGUGUUUUUACAGUCAGGAGCAGAGACAAGCUUUUGCUCCUUAUUAUGCUGAUGACUACACAGAAAAACUGCUCCAGCUCCAUGACGUGGAGAUUGUGCGGUUAAGAAACUACUAUGAAGUCCACAAGGAACUCUUUGAAGGUGUUCACAAGUGGGAAGAAAGCUGGAAGCUCUUUCUGGAGUUCGAGAGAAAAGCUUCAGACCCAAGCCGAUUUACAAACCGUGGAGGAAAUCUUCUGAAAGAAGAAAAGCAACGUGCCAAACUCCAGAAAACACUCCCUAAGCUGGAAGAGGAGUUGAAGGCACAGAUUGAAAUGUGGGAGAAGGAGCAUUCCCAGGCAUUUGUGGUGAAUGGACAGAAAUUCAUGGAGUAUGUGGCAGAACAGUGGGAGUCACAUCGGCUGGAGAAAGAGAAAGCCAAGCAGGAACGACAUCUAAAGAACAAGAAGCAGACGGAGACGGAGAUGCUGUACGGCAGCGCUCCCCGAACACCCAGUAAGCGGCGAGGACUGACACCCGGCACUCCUGGCAAGGUCCGGAAGCUGAACACCACCACCAUAUCCAAUCCUACCCCUAAUAGCAGCAUCCGGCCGGCCGCAGGAGGCCUCAUCUGCCGUUCUCCGAUGUCUCGACUCCCACCUUCUGGCAGCAAGCCUGGAGUCACUGCCACCUCUUCAGGGAAAAAAAUGCCCCAUGUGGGCUUGUGUGGAGCUGAUAAGGAGAACGUGGAAUUCAGUGGCAGCUUUCUGAGUGGUGGGUACCCUGACUCGACCCCCCUCCAGCGCAACUUCAGCAUUAAUUCUGUUGCCAGCACCUAUUCUGAGUUUGCGAAGGACCCGCCCCUCUCUGACAGCUCCACUGUUGGGCUUCAGCGAGAACUUUCAAAGGCUUCCAGAUCUGAUGCUACUUCUCGAAUCCUCAAUUCAACCAACAUCCAGUCCUGA